AUCUGCACAACAUCUUGCUCUCGUCUCUUUCUCUGCAGUGAUAGCAUGGAUCCGGACAGUGUGGCGGACACUCAGCGAACUCUCAGUCUGCAAUGGAAGAGCUAUAAGCUAGUACAAGACCCUGCUAUCCGACGGGUUGCUCAGAAAAUUUACAGAUAUGAUGGGGUUCACUUUAGUGUACCGGAUUCAGGAUUCCCACCUGUGGGGGACUUGCGUGAUCCAAGACCCCGCAGAAUCUGGUCUAGACACACAGAGCUGUCACUGCCAGUGCCCAAAUUCAAGUUGGACGAGUAUUAUGUAGGUCCUAUACCACUUAAGGAAGUGACUUUUGCGAGGUUGAAUGAUAACAUCAAAGAGCCUUUCCUGGCAGAGAUGUGCGCCAAGUUUGGUGAGGUUGAGGAAAUGGAGAUUCUGUUUCAUCCCAAGACACGGAAGCACUUGGGCUUAGCCCGCGUCCUUUUCACCAGCACUAGAGGGGCCAAAGACACUGUCAAACACCUGCACAAUACUUCUCUCAUGGGAAACAUUGUCCAUGUCCAGCUAGAUAUCAAAGGCCAACAGAGGAUGAAGUACUAUGAAUUGAUAGUGAGUGGCUCAUACACCCCUCAGACAGUGCCGACUGGAGGCAAAACUCUCACUGAAAAAUUCCAGCCCCCAGCCCCGACUCAGCCAGAUACAUCGUCUGAUAUCCGGCGGAGGCUCUCCACAGACCAGAUGGCAGCUCCCGCUGCACCUCUAAACUCUGGCGGCAGCACCACCCCAUGUUCUGUGGACACUGGAUUUGGAGACCAGCGCCUAGACACCCCUCCAUCCUCUCUGGGAGGACCCUAUACGCCAGGUUCCUCUGCUUCUUCACAGGGCGGCGGCACCCCUUGCACUCCUCGCUCUGGAACCCCUUUCUCCCAGGACUCGGGAUACUCUGUGGGCAGGCACGGUGGCUAUAGCAGCACUCAAAGUUAUUCCCAGCAGGAUAUGCUUCCAUCUUCCUCCUGCUCCUCUUCAGCAGUCUCCUCAUCAUCAGGAUUCAAGCCCCCUCGUUUUCAUGAUGACUUACAUGCUCCACCUCCGCAAGAACCCUCCGUGUUCCACAGGGGUCGGCUGGGAUAUCCUCCAACAACGCCCUUUAGACCUAGCGAGCCUCCCUAUCCGUAUCCCAGUGUUGGAGGUUCAGGAAUGCACAUGCCGCUGCAUCCACCCAUGCCACCUCCAGGGCCUCAGUUUGAGCCACCUCCGCUGUCCGACAGAGAGAGAGACCGAGAUAGAGAAAGGGGACAGAGGGAUAGGGAUCGCGAGAGAGACUCAGGAGGGCGCUGUGAAGGCGGGAUAAGCUCUCGACGUUCCUCUUACCACUUCCAACAGGAUACAAACUCCUCGUCCACCUCCAAAUCCUACCAUUCACAUCACUCACAUCAUGCUGAUCGGCGGGAGGACAGGGACGGCAGGGGCUACCGGCGCGACAGCUCAGGCUCCCGCUCGGGAGAUCAUGGAAGGCAUCGGAACCACCAUCACUCCCACAACCACCACAGCAGCAGUGGAGGUGGAUCGAGCCGGCGGAGGAGCAGCAGAGAUCGGGAAUGGGAGCGAGACAAAGAAGGAGAAUUUAACAGCUCUGAUCCACGUUACGGAGGCCACUCAAACUCCAGCCACCACUCAUCCAACAGCCUCUCCCCUCCCUCUGCCACCUCUUAUGGAGGAUACUCGUCGUCUAAAGACCUGUCCCCCUACGACACACCUUCUUCCUCCCGGCUAGAGCCCUCGCCAGCUUUCCUACCACAGCCGAGUACAGGCGAGAGGAGUUUUGGGAUUGGAGGAAGCAUGGACAAUGACUACCGUGCUCAUUCUCAGCACACGCCCCUGGCGCCACCGCCUCCACCUCCUCCCCUCCCGCCGGCCUCCGUCAUCGCAGCCGCUGUGGCUGAAACGCUCAGCUCUCUUGAUUUUGGUCAGGACAGUCCCAUCCGAGAAGAACAGUGGACCAAACCCAAACGCUAUCCCAGCACCCCGCCCCAUCCACCUCGGACACCUCCAACCUCCUCGCCACCUCACGCCUCAAUCCCGUCAUCCUCCACCUCCCCAUCCUCCACCUCCCUGCCUCACCACCUCCCCUCUUCGACAGCAUCCCUCUCUCCGCCGCCUCCACAGCGUGACUCCUCCCCGGAGCCUGACUCCACCAAUGAGAGCCUGCCAUUCAUGCAUCACAGUAGCAGCUUGGACUCGCGUAUUGAGAUGUUGCUGAAGGAACAAAAAGCCAAGUUUUCCUUCCUUGCCUCAGAUGAUGAGGACGAUGAGAAGGAGGAGGACAGAGAGAGAGAAAAAACAGGUGAGAAUGCAGACAAUGGGGGAAACAAACUCAGAGAGGAGAACCGUGAAAGGCCUAGUCACAAGAGACCAGGAGAGAUGGAGGGAAGCCAACAUAGGAGAAGAGGAGAGAAAGAUGGACGCCGCAGCAGGGGCAAAAGGCAAGGUGGUGGAGUGGGUGAAGGCAGGAAAACGCCUCCAGAGGUGGCCUCUUCCACUCCCGCUACGCACAGUUUAGUGUCAGAGUCUCUUCAGGGCCAAAUGCCGCCGCCUCAGGAGGAGCACACAACCUCUGACUCACACAGGGCUCCACACACACCACCCACCUACAAUGGAGAGGCACAGUCCUCCAACAGCUCUACGGCACCCCCUGGAGAAGUCCCGCCCACCUCUGAAUAUCCCCCAUCAUUUCACCUCCAUUCAAUACCCCCUCCGCAUGCACCUCCGCACCACCCACACCACCCAUACAUGGACCAAGACGGGAAUGUUGCCACCCACUAUGACCAAGACCACCGCUACAUCCCCCCUCACUUACCAUACGCCUACCCAGACCCUCACGCUGCACAGCUUCCACACCAUCAUGCCAUCCCACCUCCCCAGAGCCCCUGGGCUCCUCACCUACUUCCCCAGCAGUUUCCUUCCCACUAUCCUCCACCUGGCUUCGGCACAAUGCCUGGCGUAGAUGGAGAGCUGUACGGAGCAGCAGGUGACCAGAUGGCCAUAAUGGGCCACAACCCCUACGAGGCAGUAGUGCAGCAGGUGCUGGCAGCUUUGAUCGAGGAGAUGAAGAGCAUCAUGCAGAGGGACCUGAACCGCAAGAUGGUGGAGAAUGUCGCCUUUGGCACCUUCGACGAGUGGUGGGACCGCAAGGAACAGAAAGCUAAGCCAUUCCAGACAGCCAUGCGGGGAGUUGCAGUUGUGCGCGAGGAGGACAAGAAAGACGAGAAGACGAGCAACCGACCUCGGGAGCCACUCAUGUCUCUGGUAGACUGGGCCAAGAGUGGAGGCAUGGAGGGUUUCUCCCUGCGGGGGGCCUUGCGUUUGCCUUCUUUUAAGGUGAAGAGGAAGGAUCCUCAGGAACUUGUCGAGGGUGGUGAGCUGAAGAGAGCCAGGCCUUCCACUCCACCCGAUGAGGAAGAUGAGGACUCGUAUCAGGGGAAAUCUGCCGACACUUCUGCAAGAAGAACAGAGGAAAGGCGUGUAGCAGACAGAGGAGCAGCCAGGAGAAGGAGCAGAGCCAAGGCGCGCAAACCAUACGAUCUGGACAGCGAGGGAGAAGAAACAUCAGAUGGUUCCUCCUCUGAGAAGGAGGAGGAUGAAGACAGUGACAAACUGGAUGAGUCAGAAGAUGAAGCCCUUAGCGCAGACAGUGAUGACGAAAGCAUUUCCUCCUCCUCUUCUGAGAGCUCAUCACCAUCAUCCUCAGCAUUGUCCUCUUCUUCCGAUGAGGAAGAUGAAGAAGACGGUGAACAGGCCGCUGAGAGUGAGUCAUUGGACACAAUGGAUGAGUCUACAAUGGACAGCAUGGCGGCUAUAGAUGCAGAAAAGGAUGGAAGGGACAAAGCAAGCAUUGACCAAUCAUCAGUGACUGCUGCAGAGGUCAAACAAGAAGAAGAGAAAAUGGUUACAGCUGUGCCUCCAUCUUCUCCGUAUCCCCGUCCUUCUUCACCCAUUCUCCUCCUUCCCCCACUCAAGAAACGGCACAAAACUGUUUCUUUCUCAAUGGAAGAGAGCGAGGUCAAGCCCUCCAUUCUGUCAUCAUCUUCUCCCACUCCUGUCUCACAAGCCUCAGAUGUUCCUACUUCCGCUUCUCCCGGAAGCAUGUCCACAGCAACUGCUCCAGCCGCCGCCUCCAAGCCCGUCCCGAUGCUCCUUCCGUUUGCUUCUCGUCCCAGCGAGAGUAACGCCCUUACCUCCCCUGCUUCCCCUUCUGCCGUUCUUACCGUCCCUCCGCCGGUGCGUUCCCUGCGGCCUGAUGAGCCCAAAAAGGGUCCAGGUCUCCCUCCAUCCCCACUAACUCCCACUGCCAAAAACUCCUCCAAACGUGGCAAAGACUCUCCCAGAACACCCCCGGCGCCCGUCUGCCUCACUGUCCAGAACCUUCCGCUGGACCAUGCCUCCUUGGUCAAAGUGGCCUACGAGGACCCCGUUCCCAUUUCAACCACGCAGAAGGGUCGUGCACGUGGUCGUGCUCGGGCACUCAGCCAGUCGGCUUCCGCCCCUCAUCUGCAUCCCGCUCUGGAGGAAGAGGAUGAAGAGGAGCUGGAGCAGCGGCUGAAACUCAGGGAGCAGCUGGGAGUGUCCAGCCUGCUGCAGCUGGCCUCUGCCCCCAAGCCUGACCUGUCAGUGCUGGCUGAUGUGGCGCUGAAAAUGGACCCGGAGGCAGAUAUUGACUCUGAAGAAACGGAGACCUCCGAUGAGGCAGAGGAGCACAAGCUUGAGGAAGAAGAGGGAGACUUCUUCGCCCCACACCCACGCCAACCACUCCCGGAUCCAGAGGGUCUGUUCGUCCUGCAGGAGCACAACUAUUCUAAAACUCCUGCUCCUCUGCACCUCACAUCUCCACAGAAGAGGACGAAACAGGACCCCACAGUCCUGCUCCCUGCCGACCUCAACCAGCACGGUGUUCAGGAAGCCCCUGAAGAGGUCAUCGGGGAAGCGCUAGCCGCAAGAGGAGAGGCUCCAGAGCUAUACGGGGACCUUUCUGGGAUGGGCCUGCUGUGCGACUCCAGGGACACGGCUGAGACGCAGACCAAGACACUCGGCCCACCACACAAGAGGAGAGGAUCAAUUAGCAAAGAGAUGGAGAUGGAAAAGAGGGGGAAAGGGAAGAGCAAGAAGAGAAGUAGGAAGGACAAAGAAAAUGAGGAACUGCAAAUCUCUAAGAAGCAGAAGGAGAAACAGAUCAAGAAACAGAGGAAAAGGAAGUUAGAGGAAUAUGAAGAAGAUGUGGAUGUGGAACAGUUGGAGUCUGGUGAGCUUUCCAGCUCUGACUCGGGAGACUCUGACUUAGGUCUGGAGAGAUCGGUAGAGUUUGAAAAGGAAGAGGUUAGAAAGAGCGAACGACUUUUCCUGCAGGAAGCUGGCUUGACCCCCUCGACUCAGCGACGGCCCAAACACAUGCCCACACCAGCUCCCGUACCACAGCUCUCUUACAAGAACCGUAGCGAGUUUGAGCAGAUGACCAUCCUGUAUGACAUCUGGAACACUGGCCUGGACCAGGAAGAUAUGAGGCUCCUGAAGAGCACCUACGAGAAACUGUUGCAAGAUGAUCAUGGCACCGACUGGCUCAACGACACACACUGGGUUCCUCAUACCAUGACCAACAUCCCCAACCCCCGGCGGAAGAAGAAGACAGCAGAUAGGCAGCUAAGAGAGCAUGUCACGGGCUGUGCUCGUAGUGAAGGCUACUAUCCCAUCAGCCGCAAGGAGAAAGACGUCUACCUUGAGCUAGACCAGCCAGUGACUGUGCAGGAAGCUGGUGACUAUGAUACUGCAGGCUCGAAUCGUCUGCUCUCAGAAAGGCGCUCCGAGCAGCGGCGUCUCCUCAGUGCUAUUGGCACUCCAGCAGUGAUGGACUCCGACCUGUUGAAACUGAACCAGCUGAAGUUCCGUAAGAAGAAACUGAGGUUUGGCCGCAGCCGUAUCCAUGAAUGGGGCCUGUUUGCCAUGGAACCCAUCGCUGCAGAUGAGAUGGUCAUUGAAUAUGUGGGACAGAGUAUCAGACAGAUGGUUGCUGAUAAUCGGGAGAAGCGAUAUGCCCAAGAAGGCAUCGGGAGUAGCUACCUAUUCCGUGUCGAUCAUGACACUAUCAUUGACGCCACCAAGUGUGGCAACUUGGCUCGGUUUAUUAACCACUGCUGCACGCCCAACUGCUACGCCAAAGUGAUCACCAUUGAGUCCCAGAAGAAGAUAGUCAUAUACUCCAAGCUGCCCAUCGGUGUGAACGAGGAGAUCACGUAUGAUUACAAGUUCCCCAUUGAAGAGAACAAAAUCCCAUGUCUGUGUGGCACGGAGAACUGCAGAGGAACCCUCAACUAAAAGUUUCCUAGACCUUCCCCUGAUACAUGACUUGCCAAUCAACUUUCCUGGCCCACAAGCUACUCUUCUCGGCGCACAACAAUGUAGAUAGUGUACGAUGGGAGAACAUCAGACUCUUUAAAAAGCUUCUAUACAGGCACAGAUGUGUCAAGAUGUUUAAUCAGAUGUUUGGCCCAGGGGGAUUGGGAUCUCAGCACUGCCGCAACACCUCCAGUUCCACCUGUAAAGUUUUUUUUUUUUUCUGCACUGGCUCUUAUCUAAUUUCGUUCCUCCUGUUGCAGCUGUGUUGGAUGGUGUUGUUUUGCCAAGGUCUAUGCUUUGAAGUUGUUCAGCAACUGCACACACACAUAUUCCACUCUCUUAUGCACAACGCUUGACAGUGGCAAACACCCUUAAAAUGCUGGGUCUUUUUUCCAAGAGCAACUUUUAAAGACCUACUUAAAUACGUGGAUUUAAAGGAACACUCCACUAUUUUUGAAAAUAGGCUCAUUUUCCAACUCCCCUAGAGUUAAA